AUGACCACAAGAACGAUAGGGAAUGAAAAAUUAAAAUGUGGAUUAUGUGCCGCAUAUAUUGAUCAAGCUCAAUAUCGUACUCAUGUUAUCGAUUGCGGAGUUAUGAGAAAAUGUGCUUUAUGUGGACAACAAGUAAGUAAUUUGGCUAAUCAUUACGAAAAAUGUACAGGUGGAUAUAAUAAUGUAAAUGAUGUGGACAAAAAUCAAUCAAAGUCUCAAGCUCCUCGGCUUUAUCCAACCAUACCAACUUAUACUUCAAGCCAAAAAAUUACUAAAAAAUGUGCCGUAUGCUCAAUGAUGAUCGAUGAAAAAGAUUACAUUAAUCAUUUAGAUACAUGUAACGUUGAACUACCAAAAACAAACAAUACUAAGAAGAAAUGCAUUAUCUGUACUAAAGAAAUUAACGAAAUUGAUUACGUUAAACAUGUAGAUGCAUGUCUCAAUCCACAGCCAGUAAAAGAAAGCAAUACGGAAGAAUGUAUUAUCUGUUCAAAAGCAAUUAUUAAAUCUGAACUUGUUAAACAUGUGAACGAAUGUCUUUCUAAAUCUUCAGUACCAAAGUCAACACCUAUACACGCACAAAAAUCUUGCUUUACAUGUUCUUCGCCAGUUACUUUUUCGAAAAAUUCUAGUCAUACUAUUCCAUGUCAAUCAAGUCAUAUCUAUUGUCUUAAAUGUCUUCAACGUUCAAUGAAUGAAUAUAUUCAAUCCAAUAAUCCACCUAUAUGUCAUUCAGCACUCUGUGAUUAUGAACUUUCUCGAUACGAUAUAUCAUGUUUACCAUUUGAAGCGAAUACUAUACAACAAUUAUUAACUUCUGUUAAAAAUACACAACGUUCACAAUGUCCUAUAUGUCUUUUCUAUGUUGAAUUUAAUACAAUGGGUGAUCUUGAGAAACAUGUAGCUUCAUGUAAUCCAGAAAAUAUGAUUCCUUGUGAACAUUGUCACUGUUUAUACAAUAUACAUCGAUUAGAUAGUCAUUCACAACAAUGUCGUAAUAUUUCUCGAUCUCAACAACAACAAACAUUAAUAGAUUUCAUUUUACCUCGAACUAAAUAUCCAGUAACAGGACCACAAAUUCGAGUUUUUAUCGAAGAAAGAAAGAAAAGACAUUUAUCACUCGAUCCACAUUCAAUUGUCGAUACAUUGGCUACUCUUGGUGCUACGUUUCCAUUUGAUGUUCCUACUCGUGAUUGUGAUAUAUGUAUGGAAUCACAUAUUUAUGAUGAUAUUUUUGUUUUUGGCUGCAAUGAUAGUCAUAAAUUAUGCUAUGGAUGUUUUGCAGAUUCAUGUACAACAAAGAUGAAUAAUAAUGAAAUACUUACAUGUGCACUCUGCACUUAUCAAUUACAAUAUGGAGAAAUUAAACAAUUGAGAAUACCAACUGAUCAAAAGAAAGAAUUUUUAGAAUAUCAAACACAAAAAACUUUCAAUUCAUAUUCAGAUAAUACUCAAGGGGUCAUUAAAUGUCCCAAUCAAGGAUGUAAAUGGAUAGCUGAAGUACAAAAUCCUAAUGAACGCUUUCAAGUUACAUGUCCAUUAUGUAAAUAUCAGUUUUGUUCACUUUGUAGCCAACAGUAUCAUUUUCGAACAACAUGUCAACAAAUUCCAGAAAUUACUCAACGUUGGUUCUUUUGGUGUAAUACAGAACGUGGUAAUUAUUGGCAAGCUCGAGCACAACAAGAUGCUACUUUUAGAGCUCAAUUAGAAGAUUAUGAACGACAGAGAGGAGCUAAUGAACAACGAAAUAUUGAAUUGCGUCAACGUUAUGAUGAACUAUUAGCUGAUGAGACUUAUAAAGCUCAAAAUUGUCGUCUUUGCCCAAAUUGUCGACGAGUUGUACAGCAUCUUGGAGGCUGUGCUUCGAUGAUAUGCGGUCAAAAUUAUCAUGGUGGUGAUGUACAAUCAGGGUGUGGUCAACGUUUCAAUUGGUCUCAGGCUACACCGUAUGCACCUAUCGGCAAUACAGGACCAGAACAAGUGAGAAAUAAUAUACCGCCUCCUGAACAACAAGAAACUGUAGUACACGCAGGUGUUCAAUGUGAUUCUUGUCAUAAUGAACUUCAAGGAAUUCGAUUUGAUUGUAUUCAUUGUGCUUCAUUAAUAUUUUGUGAAAAAUGUGAACAAAAUGCUACUCUUGAACAUUCAAAUCAAAUUCGUGAUCAACAAAAACAACAACAUGUUUUUCAAUUAAUAGUCGGCCCUUCGAACGAAAACAAGGGAUAG